UUUACCAGAAAAGGCUAAUUUGAACGAUAAAGAACUAGCAAAAAAAAUUAAAACUGAUUCUUAUUUUUGCGAGAAGUUAACCAAGUUUCAUAAUUCUCCACCUGAUAGUGCAGCGGGUAAAGUAUGGCAAGUAUUCAUUAAGCAUGGCAUUCCGCUUGAUAAAUAUUACAAUUAUAUAGAGAAUAAUCAGGAGAAAAAACGACAGCAAAAAAUUAAUCCGGAAACUCGACAACCAUGGGACCCGCCAUUAACCGAACAGCAAAGAAAAAUUAUUCAGGACCCGAUUUUAACCAGUCCAGGAACUCGUCCUUUUCAUCCCCCAAAAAGGGAAGAUUUAGAAAACCCGCAUUAUUCUGUCCCAGACAUUACCGUGGAUACAAUUAGCAAAGUUUUAGAGUGCUUUUCCUAUCUCCAAAAGGCUCAGGAACAAAUUGAGGAAUGUUUGACUAAAAAUUCUUUUUGA